AUGCAUCGGAAGGUGUACCUCGAAGCAUUGGUGUUGUACCUUCUGAUGUGGGCUGCAAUUGGUGCUCAUCAGCCUCAGAAGCAGCUGAAAUCCGGCAGACUUUCUGGGUCCUCUGUCAUUUUUCCGGUCUCUGGGAGUGUUUAUCCUCAAGGGUACUAUUACGUGACAAUGAGCUUUGGCCAUCCCUCGAAGAAAUAUUUUCUUGAUAUAGAUACAGGCAGUGAUCUUACUUGGCUUCAAUGUGAUGCACCUUGCGCACAAUGCACUCCGGCACCUAACAGUCUCUACAAGCCUAAAAGCAAUCUAAUAUCAUGCACCCAUCCUGUAUGUACUUCCCUUCAGGGGACCAAUAUCCCUGAUUGUAGGGACCCGAACGAGCAAUGUGACUAUAAGAUUGAUUAUGCUGACUAUGGUUCGUCACUUGGUGUACUGGUCAAAGAUUCAGUUUCUCUCAAUUUGACCAAUGGUGCAGUUGUGGCCCCACAAGUAGUGUUCGGAUGUGGCUACAAUCAAGAAGUUAUAGAUUCAGCUAAUCGGCCUUUCACUGAUGGAGUCCUUGGUCUCGGGCUCGGUAAUUCGAACAUCUUAAGCCAGCUACGAGCCUUAGGUGUGACUCGAAAUGUUGUUGGUCACUGUUUUAGCGGGCAAGGUGGAGGCUUUCUUUUCUUUGGAGAUGACUUUCUUCCUAAAUCAGGGAUUACAUGGAAAAAGAUUUCCACCCACCAUUUAAAGCACUAUUCCUUGGGAUCAGCAGACGUCCGAUUUGGUGGUCAGCCUACAAAUAUUAAGGGCCUCGAAAUAGUUUUUGAUAGUGGAAGCACUUACUCUUAUUUUGUCUCUCAAGCUUAUAAAGUCAUUGUCUCUAUGAUAAUGGAAAAUUUGAAUGGAAAAUUGAAAGAUGCAGUUGAGGACAAAAGCCUUCCCAUGUGUUGGAAAGGUCCAAAACCCUUCAAAUCCAUUCGGGAUGCCGCUAGCUACUUCAAGCCUUUGGUUUUGAGCUUUACGAACGAGAAAAAUGUUCAUUUUCAGAUGCCCCCUGAAUCUUAUCUCAUCAUCACCGGAAAAGGGAAUGCCUGCUUAGGCAUAUUGAACGGCGAUGAAGUUGGAUUAGACGAUAUGAACUUGAUUGGAGAUAUUUCACUGCAAGAUAAGUUGGUGAUUUACGAUAACGAACGGCGACGGAUUGGAUGGGCCCCGGCAAAAUGCAACAGGCCUUCAAAUGUGGUUCGUGAUUAUGGGGACGAUUUUAGCCUGCCUUCUCCUGCCGAUAAUGGUUUUUGGAAGAAUGUUACGAGAAGUUUUUGGUUUGCAGUUGGAGCAAUGCAGUAA